AAGUAUGGUAACUGCUGAUGCUAGAGAAAUGUAAUCAUUCUUCCCCAAAAUAUAAGUUUAGAUUCUCCACUGUGCCAAUCUUCUACAGUAUGCAUAGAACGUUAUAAAGAACAUGCACUUUGGAGGUAGACAGAGCUGAGUUCAAAUCUCAGCUUCAUCUUUUUAAACUGUACAGCCUUGGAUCUGUUACUGAGUUCUGUUGAACCUGUUUCCUCAUGUAUGGAAUGAUGAUGACAAUGCCUACCUCUACUGUUCAUUGAUGACAUUCAAUAAGUUAAGGAAUACAAAGAAUAAUACGGUGCCAGGUGCACAGUAGAUGCUCAGUACACAUUAGCUCUUAGUACCAUCAGACCUUGUUUGAUAAUGUAUGAAACAGGGUUUCUCUUACUUAAAGGUAAUUGCCCAGAAACAUCCUAGGGUCUUUUCUUAUGUCUUCAAAUGAUCUUAUUUUGAGUUCUGUCUUUCAAAAAUGUAUUUGGUUACUCCCUGUUCUCCAUAUUAAAUUAAUACUACUUGGAUUAUGACUAGCUAACAUUCAUAAUAAAGGCAUAGUUUAUAAGACAACUAUUUUCUCUUAAAUUUAUGUAUGUGUAGACAGCUGUUUAGUUUUAUGAGCUCAAGGUCAAUUUUUAAAAAUAAUAAAAGUCAAUUGCUGAGCAGUUUCUCUAUUGUCAAUUGUUGUCAUCCAGUUGUCUUAAUUUCCUAAAAAAACAAAAACAAAAGAGGUCAAACACCUUCAACUAACACCUUCAACUAACAGGUGGUCAUUCACCUGGGUAAGUAGGCAUCCCAAAUCAAUUUUAUGUACCUGAGAUUGUUAUUGACCUCCACCUUUUCUAAUUGCAUCAAACAAAUAAGUGGACAACAAGAUGAAGAAAUGCUUAAAUAAUCAAAAUGUAAAGAUGGGACAGAGGUUUUGAAAUGGAAAGCCCUGGCCCCAGGCUUGAUAUCUUCAUUUACCACAUAUGGCUUAGAGAGUUUGGGUAAUUACUGCCUCUCUGAGCCUUGAGCUUCUUGCUUAUAAAACGAGAGCAAUAACUCCUGUGCCUGUUUCUCAGGCCGUUGUAAACUUAAGAUGAGACAUUAAGGUGAUUUGUGAACCGUCCUAAGCUACAUUCAUAAAGGACAGAAACUUUCACUGAAAUUGAGGGAGGUUCCACAGGCUCAGCCAUGACAAUACUGAAUGGGACAGUGAGAAGAGCAACAGUACGGACAGGACAACCUUUCAGGCCCUGCAGGGAGAGUUUGGAGACCUGCAGCAAAAGAGCUCUGUCAGGCGUAUAAGUGCAGGCUAAGAGGAGACUCUAAGGAUUAUUGUGGGAAUCACAGGCAAAAGGAAAACCCAGUGCUUAACCUGUUAAACAGGAUGCUCUCACAACGUGUUCCAACAAGAAAUGAGGAGCAGGAAGCCUGGGGAGAGACAAGGUUCCUGAUUCUGAGAAGAAAGAUGACAAUCACCCCACUGCAUAUCCCUGAUGUCCUAAUUACUAUUUCCUGGUCUGAAGUUCCAGGAAAUGGGCAAAGAAACUCCACCCCAUGCAAAUAUUGUACUUCACAUCCUCUUACUUGGGUCCAGAGCUUCUGAAUGGGAUAAGGGAAGCAGAGAGACUCCAGGCAGAAAUGAUUCCUGCUAGGGUAAUGUUAAAGAUAUUUGAAAGGUCUUUGAUGGGAUCAUUCUUCUCACUCUGUGAUGAAUGGACUCAAGAAAUUAUCAGGAGAUAAUGGAGCUUUCUAUUUUCUGGCCUGAGGUGAGAUGCAUAAAAGUGCAGAAAAUAAGAUAUGUUUGGAACAACUUAGAAGGACAGUUCCAGAAAAUUGGUUGUUUGGAAGACUGGCUCAGUUCUGCCAAGAUACAUCUAAAAUUUGGAUCAGGUCUAACAAAAGAAGAACAAGAGAUUAGGAGGUUAAUAUGUGGGCCUAAUACUAUUGAUGUUGAAAUCACACCAAUUUGGAAACUACUCAUCAAGGAGGUUUUAAAUCCAUUUUACAUAUUUCAACUCUUCAGUGUCUGUUUGUGGUUUAGUGAAGACUAUAAGGAAUAUGCUUUUGCCAUCAUAAUUAUGUCCAUCAUGUCCAUAGCUUUGACGGUCUAUGAUCUCAGAGAGCAAUCUGUAAAACUUCACCGCCUAGUUGAAUCACAUAAUAGUAUUACAGUCUCUGUAUGUCGGAGAAAAGCUGGAGUCCAAGAGCUGGAAUCACGCUUCCUGGUACCUGGAGAUCUAUUAGUUUUGACGGGGAACAAAGUGCAAAUGCCAUGCGAUGCCAUCCUGAUUGACGGCAACUGUGUGGUAGACGAAGGCAUGCUGACAGGAGAAAGUAUUCCAGUGACUAAAACUCCACUACCCAAGACAGAGAGCUCUGAGCCCUGGAAAACGCAGAGUGAAGCAGACUAUAAACGACAUGUCCUCUUCUGUGGCACAGAAAUUAUCCAAGCCAAGGGAGCCUGUUCUGGGACCGUGAAAGCGGUGGUGCUGCAGACUGGAUUCAACACUGCAAAAGGUGACCUCGUGAGAUCCAUUCUCUACCCGAAGCCAAUGAACUUUAAGCUCUACAGGGAUGCCAUCAUGUUCCUCCUGUGCCUUGUGGGGACAGCAACCAUCGGGAUGAUCUAUACUUUGUGUGUCUAUGUGCUCAGCGGGGAGCCUCCAGAGGAGGUGGUGAAGAAAGCCCUUGAUGUCAUCACAAUUGCAGUGCCUCCUGCUCUGCCUGCUGCCCUGACCACGGGCAUUAUCUAUGCCCAGAGGAGGCUGAAGAAGAGAGGCAUCUUUUGCAUCAGCCCACAGAGGAUCAAUGUAUGUGGACAAAUAAACCUCGUCUGCUUUGAUAAGACAGGCACCUUAACAAGGGAUGGUUUGGAUCUCUGGGGAGUUGUGCCCUGCGAUAGGAGUGGCUUCCAGGAAAUACACAGCUUUGCCUCGGGCAGGUCUUUGCCAUGGGGCCCGCUGUGUGCCGCCAUGGCCAGCUGCCACUCUCUGAUCCUUCAAGAUGGGACCAUCCAAGGAGAUCCUCUGGAUCUCAAGAUGUUUGAAGCCACCACCUGGGAGAUGGCUAUUUCUGGGGACGAUUUCCACAUCACAGGAGUGCCAGCACAUGCCAUGGUAGUUAAGCCCUGCAAAACAGCCAGCCAGGUCCCAGUGGAAGGAAUUGCAAUCCUGCAUCAGUUCCCAUUCUCAUCAGCACUGCAGAGGAUGACAGUCAUUGCCCAAGAGAUGGGGGGUGACAGGCUGGCAUUCAUGAAAGGUGCACCAGAAAGGGUGGCCAGCUUUUGCCAACCUGAGACAGUACCAACUAGUUUUGUUAGCGAACUUCAGAGUUAUACAACACAGGGCUUCCGGGUGAUAGCACUGGCCUACAAGAAGCUAGAAAUGGAUCAUCACAGCACUGCCCUGACAAGGGACAAAGUAGAAUCAGACCUGAUAUUUCUGGGAUUGCUGAUCUUGGAGAAUCAGCUGAAGGACGAGACAAAACCUGUUCUGGAAGAACUCAUCUCAGCCCGGAUAAGGACUGUAAUGGUCACAGGUGACAAUCUUCAGACUGCAAUAACAGUGGCCAGGAAGUCUGGAAUGGUUUCUGAAAACCAAAAAGUCAUUCUCAUUGAAGCAAAUGAAACCAUUGGGUCCUCCUCAGCAUCUAUAAGUUGGAAAUUAGUAGAGGAGAAGAAACAGAUUUCAUAUCGCAAUCAGGAUAAUUACAUUAAUAUCAGGGAAGAUAUCUCUGAUAAUGACAGAGAAGGAGGUUACCAUUUUGCCUUAAGUGGAAAAUCUUUUCAGGUUAUAAGUCAACAUUUCAGCAGCCUACUACCAAAGAUACUGAUCAAUGGGACCAUCUUUGCAAGAAUGUCUCCUGGGCAGAAAUCCAGUCUGGUGGAAGAAUUUCAGAAACUGGAUUACUUUGUAGGUAUGUGCGGUGAUGGGGCCAAUGACUGUGGGGCUUUGAAAAUGGCUCACGUGGGCAUCUCUUUAUCAGAGCAGGAGGCAUCUGUGGCCUCCCCUUUCACUUCGAAAACUCCAAACAUUGAGUGCGUACCUCACCUUAUCAAGGAAGGACGUGCAGCUCUAGUGACCUCAUUUUGCAUGUUUAAGUACAUGGCUCUGUACAGCAUGAUUCAGUAUGUUGGUGUUCUGCUGCUCUACUGGGAGACAAACAGUCUUUCAAAUUACCAGUUUCUGUUCCAGGAUCUGGCCAUCACAACUCUUAUUGGCAUAACAAUGAAUUUGAAUGGUGCCUACCCCAAGCUGGUGCCUUUCAGGCCUGCAGGAAGGCUGAUCUCCCCACCUCUGCUGCUCUCUGUGAUUUUCAACAUUCUUCUCAGCCUGGCUAUGCACAUUGUGGGCUUCAUUCUGGUUCAGAGGCAGCCUUGGUAUUCCAUGGAGAUGCACAGUGUCUGCACACUACAAAAUGAAAACAUCUCAAAGUUAAUUAUUUCUCCAACUGCUCCAGAAAAAAUUGGAAGUAAUGGUGUCUUCGCAAGCUUUGAGAACACUACCAUAUGGUUCUUAGGAACAAUCAACUGUAUCAUUGUGGCUCUUAUUUUCUCUAAAGGAAAACCGUUUAGGCAGCCCAUCUACACAAACUAUAUAUUUGUCCUUGUGCUGGUCCUACAGCUGAGUGUGUGUCUGUUCAUUCUAUUUGCUGAUAUUCCAGAAUUAUAUAGGCGUUUGGAUCUGCUCUGCACUCCUGUUCUGUGGAGGGUCUACAUCAUCAUUAUGCUCAGUUCCAAUUUCAUUGUGUCCCUUGUUGUGGAGGAGGCCAUCAUUGAAAAUCGAGCCCUGUGGAUGACAUUCAAAAGGUGUUUUGGCUAUCAAUCAAAAAGUCAGUAUCGGAUAUGGCAGAGAGCCUUGGCAAAUGACCCUAGUUGGCCACUAUUAAACAAAACAUCUUACUCUGACAUGCCAGGGUGUGGAAGAGGAGUGUCUUAUAGCAAUCCAGUGUUUGAGAGUAAUGAAGAACAACUCUGAAACCAGUGCAAUAUACAAGUUAACAAAACAUGGAAACAACAACAGAGAGCAGUUUCAGUGAUUUUCAAGCAAUGAGACUCUUCUAAAAUCAGCUGGAGUUUCUGGAAUCAAAAACCUACCCAAUCAUGGUGACAAAUUAAAAACUUGAUAAAAUACUUUCUACAGAACAAAACACUGCCCCAGAAGAGUGCUUUCCUCUUAGCUUCUGAAAAUAUUGACGGUGUUAGUGAAUCAAGAAUGGGGCCAAGGACGGCAAUUGACCAAGAGAUUGGGAAGCUAAUGGACAAAGAGAAUAUAUAAUCUUUCUUCUUAGAUAACAUAUUUUUUAAAUGAGUUGAGAGAAAGUAGUACUAUGUGUAGUCAUAGAAUUGUAACAUGCAAAAGAUCCCUUUUGAAUUUGUGUUUUGUUGGAGGAAAAACAAAUGCAUAGGAGACAUCACACCAAUCUUCACUGUCCAGUUUCCUUUCUUUUAUGGUACUUUCAUAGUUGAGACAAUUCCCUCUGCCUCUGGCCUUCCCUUACAUAUUACUAAGGAUGGGCUAAGCUGAUGUUGCAAUAACAACUCCCUUGUCUCAGUGGCUUGACACACAAGAACUUCUUUUAUGGUUCUGGUGACUCUAGACUAGCUUUCUUCACAGUGCUGACUACCUCAGUCUGUUGGCCCCACUGACUGAAAACAAGGACUCCACGUUCACUGUGAUGGGGAAGGAAGAGUCUGGAGAUCACACAGGGAUUUCCACUGCCUCACCCCAAAAGUGGAUGUAUUUCUUCCACUACUUGAAUCUCAUUCAUUAGGGAUUUGGCAAAGAAGUUGCGAAGUACAGCCACUUGUGUUUAGGGCUGGUUUCAUGGGUGUAUAAGCUGUGCAGUCAUCUAGAUCCCCCUGCUUAGAAGGGCCCCACUGUUAUUUUAAUGCUUUACUGUUGCCACCUUGAAAUUCUUAAUUUUGAAAUACCCACAUUUUCAUUUUAUAUUCAGCCCCACAAAUUAUGUAGUUGGCCCAGCUUGUAUUCCUAGGAAUGAAAGGAAAGUAGCACGUAUCAAAGAGCACAGGCACUGUCCUCUAAGGUCUACAUCUCCUGCACCUGUGAACAUUUCCUGUUUUAGGAACUCCACAUCUCACAUAUCCAACUUCAGGUAUUUCCACUCCUCUGCUCUAUUAUUUUUGAGAAAAGUUAGUCUUGUGCUACAACAUUAUAUGUUAUCAUUAACAUAAGUCCUUACACAAUCUACACAUUCCUUAAGUCUGAGGCUUAAGUCUAUUUUCCGAAAAUAAAAAUGGCCCUUAUUUUUAUCACUAUUACAAUUUCUUUUUUUUUUUUAAUUCAUUUAGCACAGAAAACAUUGAGAUUUCUGUUAGUUCAGCAGACAACUCUGUGUUUUAGGACAAUUUCCACAAAUAGUAUUUUAAAGCAAGAGCAAAAUGUUCAUUACAAACAUCAAAUCCUAAGUGAAUAUUCUAGGCCUGGAUAGGUCCCAGGCUGGCUUUGUUACUUACUGGUAGCAUAUACAAGCAUACCCUUCCCUGGCUGAAUUCUUGGGGAUGGUUGGAGGCUCUGUGGCUAUAGAUAAUUCUGGGAACAUGGUUUCUAUCAGCCAUGAAAGUACCUUGUUUCUUCUGGUUUUAAAAUAGGGUGUGAAGAAUCAUUUAAAUAGGUUGUAGAAUCAUUGUCUUCGAAAGAAAUGUUUUCUUUUAUAAAGUUAGCCUCAGCAGUGAUAUGGUAGUUCUGAAUGUCUUUUUCUAAGACUCAUAGUUUACUCAUUUUUAAGAGUGGAGGAUUGUGGACAGAACAAGCUGGAGAUGCUCUACAACCUGGUGAUGGACAAGAGCAGCAUGUGCAUUCACACCUUGAAGAACCCCUUACCAGGUGCUCUUUCCUCCAUUAGCUCAUUCGAAUUGCAUGAUUCUCUACAGACUUAGGCAAGGAAGGACUUACUGUCUACUUUUACAGGUGAGAAAACUGAGAUUCAGAGUAAGGCAAGCCGACCCAGGCCUUAGACAUAGAUCUUCAGAGCAAACCUUCUGUGGUUUCUAAAUAUCUCCUAAUUAAAAAUCUCCAGCAGGGCAGGGUGUUUGAGGUGAUCUCACAGUCAAACAAAGACUGAGUUUCUUAAUUGCCAGGUGGAAGGAGGAACCUUUUGCUAAUACCAGGGCCUAAUGUUCAAACGAAUACCAGGAAUCCUACCAGGCUUGGGUUAGAGGUAUGUUCAAUACAAAAUAAAACAAAAACCUAUGAGUGUUCGUCUGAGACUCUGAGUUGCUCUUAACUUGGUCCUAAGUCAUUCAGUCACUGAGGACUGAAUCUAUAAUCUUUGUCAAAAGGAACUUAUUCUGAAGACUACUUGAAAUUAACUAUAUCUUAGAAGUAGUGAGAAAAUGCUUAACUUGGAAAAGCAGGGCUGGUAGGGGUAUUGUCUAGGAAUGUAAGAGUUGUUUUCAAAUACUUGAAGGGUUUUCGUAGGAGAGAAGCCUCCCACCUGUGCCAGGUGGCAUUAUCAGUGGGUAAAGGGCAUGGUGGGAAAGGCUUCAGGCUGAUACAAAGACCCUGUCCCAACAGCACAAAAGGAAGUGGAAUCUGGUGACCUCAUGGAGUGUGUGCUCCAUGACAUUGGAGGUGCAAUUGGUUUCAAAGACCAAUUAGAGAUAAAAGUCAAG